GAGCCCCGCAGCAGCACAGGAAAGAUGAGCAUCAGGAACAUGGAUUUAUUAUUAGGAACCAUCUUCUGUCUUCUCUUCAGCUAUAUACCUUGCCAGGAGGUUGCAAAUUCAGGAAUGGAAUUUGAAGAUGUUGAAGGUCACACUUUGCCUCCACUGAAACUGGCCCUCUCGAUCUGUGGCUUGAAAGCUGUUCGUGGUCCAUGCAAAGCAAUACACACCCACUACUAUUUCAACAUUCAAACGCACCAGUGUGAAAUCUUUGACUAUGGUGGCUGUGAAGGCAAUGAAAACAACUUUUCAACUCUACAAGAAUGUCAAGAAAAAUGUAUAGUGGCAGAUUUGCCUGAAAAGAAAAGAAGAGCAGGAUUUCAGACAGAAAAGCCUCCUUACUGCCUUUUGGAGAGCGACCCUGGAAUCUGCCGAGGAUUGAUUUCCAGGUAUUUCUACAACAAAGAGUCACAGCAGUGUGAAAAGUUCAAGUAUGGUGGAUGCCUAGGAAACCAAAACAACUUUGAGUCUCUGCAAAAAUGCCAGGAUACUUGCCAAGAUAUUUUCCCUUCAGAUAAUUCAUUGCACGUGGUUGAUUAUGGCAGAAUACCCCUUAAUGUCACCACGGAUAGCACUCUAGCAGCAAAGCAGGCCCCUUCAGAUAAUUCAUUGCAUGUAGUUGAUUAUGGCAGAAAACCCUUUAAUGUCACCACUCAUAGCACUCCAGCUGCAAAGCAGGAGUCGAUUCUGCUUCCUUCCCUUUGUAUGAUGCCUGUGGACAGAGGCCUUUGCAGAGCCAGUGCGAAAAGGUUCUUCUACAAUUACACUAUUGGAAAAUGCUAUCCAUUCCACUACUCUGGAUGUGGCGGGAAUGAAAAUAACUUUACCAGUAGAAAAUCAUGCCUGCAGAUGUGUAAGAAAGGUUUCAUUAAAAAGCGAGGACAAGGCAUAAUGAAAAUCCACCGGGGGAAAAAGAAACAACCAGUGAGGCUGAGGAAUGGGGAGAUUAUCAUUGAAACAAUAUAAUGUCCAUUCUUCCAUAAAAAUGCUCUGGAAAUGUCUGAAUAUGAAAUAUUGAUGAUCAUUUGUAUUAUUGAUCUUAUUUAACAUUUGACAUACACAUUAUUUACUAAGAUUUUAUACUGCUGCUUUCCAGUUUUCUCUUUCCCUUGACAGCAUGAAUUUAAGAGUGAAAAGUUCUUUUUUUUUUAACCCUUAUGCUAACAUUGUGAUCCUGUGUUAGCAGCAUAGAAAUCAUUGGGAAUUAUGUUUAUGUAAAUGUUAUAGGUAUUGUGGGAUAUAAGGUUGUGAUCCUGAAUCUACUGAAGCCCUCUUCAGACAUUAGUUUUUAAAAGUGCCUUACAUGCUUGCAGAUGCCAAAGUACUGGUCUACUUCAGCACCUGUAUGCAUGUAGAGCACUUUUAUUACUAAUGUCUGAAGAGGGCUAAUGAUUCCUUCUACUGAAAUGCCUUUAUUAAUUCAAUGAUUAAUCUGGAGUUCCAAAUAAUCCACGGUAGUGAUAAUAGUCAAGACUAGAAUUCUGACAAUAUGAAAUUUGCUAGAGAAGUGGAUUUAGGACAGCAGACUAAGAAUGGGUGUGUUCCCACUAUAAAUAGUAGCGGACAAGUGUGUUUGUAGUCAACAGACCCAAUGCAAACCAAUUAUUGUGAAUUUCAAGAAAUGGAAAUGACUGAGGAAGAACUGAAGUGGCUGAAGUUGAGUUGAUCCAAACAUUUUCCAAGAAGCAAUGUUUCUGAAAUUUGUCGUGGGGAGAAACCAAGCAGGAUAAAUGCCAGGAGUGGGUUAGAAAUUCAGGGAACUCUUGCACAGUGUGGGAGAAUGCUUUCUGCUGUGUGUCAGCAACAAUUGGAGGUUUGUAGGGGAUGGGGUUCUGCAGUUUAUGCUGUGCCUUUGUAGUUGGUGACUGAAGCAGCAGUUGAAGCACUAGCUUCUUUCCAGCCCAGCAGCCAACUCCAUCUGGUUGUCAUUUUUGCUCCUGGGAUGCCUAUAACAUAAUUCCAAGGAGACAUCUGAGGGAGGGGGGAAUGACCGCUGGAUGUAACUGACUCCUAGGAAGAGGGAGGCUUCUGGGGGGCAGGGGACUGUGGUUUCCAGCUGACUGAGAAACACCAGAAUUUUUCAUCCCUGCCCCCACCAUGGAAAAAUUGCAGAAAUUGCAUCUCCAUGUUAUCAUGUGUUCUGUGUAUCUUUCGUCUGAAGCAGAUGUACACAAACCAACACAGGCAUGGAAUUAUUGAUACUUGUGAUUUGCUGAACUUGUACUGGAAUUAACACAUCAGAGCUUUCCUACAAUCUACUUAUGUAUAGAUUUCUCUGAGGUGACUGGAAAAAAAGUAUUGUACCUAUAUGUAUUUGUUAUCAAAAGUGAAGCAGAAUGGAACAGAUCUCUACAUAUGUGUAUCUCAGCCAACCACCAUUAAAAUGGAUACAUUAAAUAAAAUGUAUUGUCUCUAACCUCAAAGUUAUACUUUUAAUGCAGUUAGGCCAGGGGUUCUCAACCUUGGGUCCCCAGAUGUUGAUGGACUUCAACUCCCAUAAUCCUCAAUCAAAGGCCAUUGGGGCUGGGUAUUAUGGGAGCUGAAGUCCAGUAACAUCUGGGGACCCAAGGUUGAGAAUCCCUGAGUUAGGCACACUUAUUUAUGGCAGUAUGAAGUACAAGAUAUUCUAAAUUAUUGUAUGAGAAUAGUGUACCAUAUCUGUUUCUAAAGUGAUGCUUCCAUGAAAUGAUGCAGAUGCUAAAAGAGGUGGGGGGUGGGGUAUGGUGAGCAGCAGAAACUGUGUAUAUGAAGAAAGACAGUAUGUGUGUGCAUAAAAUUGUGAGAGGGUAAAGGGGGGUGGCAAAAAAAAAAAAGGAAAAGGAAAAAUUGCUCUGUAUCCUAUUGUUAUUUUGUUGUUCUACAAUGGCCCAGCACUGAGGGCCUACAGAGCUUGGGAGAGCAACGUUAUAUUUUAAAAUAGGGAUAUGCAACUGGAGACUUGGGGGCCCUAUCUGGCACUCAGCAUAGUCUCUGUUUGCAAGGACAUCUCUUUUUUUCCUCCUCACCAAUGUCUAACACACAAACCAAGUAUACUGGCUAGGAGCUAUUUAAGCUACUUGACCCACAUGAAUAAUUACUUGCUUGGGGGCAAGGGGAGUUAGAGCCCCUUGCUUCCAAUGAAAGGAUACACUACAUCAAAGGGGCCUUUCCAAAGCCUUCAUGGCUACCCAUGCUGUAGAAAAGAGAGUUAAAAGUGUUGAGGUGUGAGUAUGCGGGUGCAUGUAUGCAUGUGUGGAGGCCGUGUGUAUGCUGGCAUUGCACAUGGGCAGCUGGGAGAUGCCCAGCCCCCACCCAGUCAUAGCUGGGGGGAGCUUUCGGAAGUGGUGGCAAGUGGAAGAGCAGGUAUGGACCUGCUCUCCUCUGCCUUAAAGGGGCUGUGUAUGUCCUAAUUUUUAAAUAGAUUGUGCCCAUGAUUCGGAUGCCAAAUCGUGUUUUGGUACAUCCCUACAGCAGAGUGCACCCUACACACUCUUUUACUUUUACCAGAAUCCAGAACGGAGGACUGAAUAAAAGUGUGUUUGUUCUCAAUAUCAAACGUUGUCUGUUCCUGAAAGACCAAAACAUUGUAUGGUGUCAGAAGCUGAAAACAACACACUAAAAGCUGAAAACAACACAUUGCAGAACAGAGAUGGCCUCCAGCACCGGGCAAGUACCUCCUAUGAACUUUGAUACUAUUGCUGAAAACUGGGCCCAGUGUUAGGAGCUCAUGGAACUAAUUUUUGCAGGCCCAGAAGCAGAGAAGUGGUCUGAGGAGCAAAAGGCUUCACAGUUCUGAAUGAGCAUUGGGCAGACAGGCAGAGAUAUCUACAGGUCUGGGGAACUAGUGGCAAACUAUCUGCAAAAGAUAGAAAGAAGCCCACAGUGCUAUUGCAUUGUUUGAAGCAUACUGCACACACAGAAAACACAAAUUGAUUUAGGAAAGGCUAUAAGGGACAAUGGAAACAAUUGAUGAGUGGGUCACACAAUUACGCCUAAAGCUAAAGCAAAAGACCCUGCAUUUGAUGAUAGCAAUGAUAUGAUAAAGGACACAAUAUUAAUGGGCUUCAGUUCAAAAGAGAUCCAAGAGAAAUUAUUGCUGGAGGGACCUAACUCUAGAAAAAGCAUUGAAAAUAGCCAGAGCAAGUUGAAAUGUCCGGGGUACUUUCCAGAUUAGAUCCUGCAACGGGGUCAUGACAUAUCUCUGAAGUGUGCUUCCGCUCUUCCUGCGUUGUGACACCACAGUCCCUAUGCUGACAGCAGGGUGCUGUUCAUAUUUCCCAUGCCUUGUUUCGAAUUUAAUUGCUGCAAUACAAUGCUAUAACAUUGUGUAUCCGGUGUUAAAAGUUGCUGGUUUUGGGGGGUUGUUAGUUUGCUCCAACUGCUGGGUGCUUUGCUAUUUAUGUUUUGAAUGCAAUUUGCCUGAAUGGAAGCAUUUUGCCACUGUUGAGCAGCUAAACUGGAAAGCACCCUGAGCACAGAUGAAAAUGUUGUAAAAUAAAUCCCAAUAAUAGUAUGACAUCAAGAACAAAAGGGCAAAGGACAGACUGCUAAGCCUCAGCAGAAAACUACUCCUGAAAAAGAGGAGACAAAAAUCUGUAAAAAGUGUGGGAAACAAUGCAGCAGAGUGAACCAAAUAACCCAGAGGACAGAAAAGAAGAUGCAACAGAUAUUAACACAACUACUAAGGAAAAAUAUUUUCAAAUGCUGGAAACAGAAACUGUCUCGAAUGAUCAGCAAGGAGAUCAAAAGCAGUGUUCCAGAUAUGGUCAGCUAUUAAAGCCAAAGAUCUGGAAAGAUUAUGUACCACAACUAGAAAGACAGUUGUUGGGUUACCUGUUUAUUUUGAGGUUUUUUGUUUGUUUGUUUGUUUGUUUGUUUGUUUGUUUGUUUGUUUGUUUUUAAAGAGGGGGGUGCAAUGUAUAGAUAUAAGGGACAGCAGAGUGAACAUUUACCAGAAUCCAAAAUGGAGGACUGAAUAAAAGUUUGUUUGUUCUCAAUAUCAAA